AUGGGCGAAGGUGCAAGUGGAUCAGUUUGGAAAGCUUAAGAUCUUUAAACCGGAUAAAAAUAAGCAGUUAAAUAUGAUAAAGCACUCAUAAUCUUUGAGAAGAUGGGACCAUCACUACAAUGGUUUAUGAGUUAGAAAGGGAGAUCGAAGCUUACAUUUAAAAUAGUUUGCGAAAUCGGAAUUCAACUUCUUAGCAUAGUGGAUUUUGGAGCAAGCAGGAAGUACCUAAAUGAAUAAGGAUUUCAUUGUAAAAACUAAAUUGAGAGAACAUUUUUUGGGAAUUUUGCAUUUGCCAGCCUCUAUCAUAUGCUAGGUUAAGAUAGUCUAAGAAAUCUAUUCCAGUUAAUUGAUUCAAUAAAUUUUGAUGAGAAACCUGAUUAUGCACUAAUUAUUAGUAUUCUGCAAAGAUAGCUAUCAGAAUUAGAAAGAGCAAAAUAAUCACAAUAAUGGAGGUCAACUACUACUUAAAACGAUAGCCCUCAUUCAGGAUCUCCUUUCACUUAAUGCUAUCUUUCCUCCCAGAGAUAAAAUUUUUAGUAAUUAGAACUUUAUAAUUCAGAGGAAAAGGAAAGAAAUAAUAACUAAUCUUGUGGAAGCUAUAUUUUAGCCAUUAAACAAAGUAAGUCAUCUAAUAAUCAUGGUAAAAAUGGAGAUGCAUCAGUUAAACAAUUAUCAUAAUCUGAUGCAAAAUCUAAAUAAUAUCUACAAAUAUUACAAAAGAAGGAUCAUGAAAUGCAGAGCAACUCUGUAUGUAGAAAGAAUUAAAACGAUAAUGAACAAGACCAGCUUUUAAUUAAAUUUGUUAAAGAUGAUCAAGUUAAAAUAGAUCAUUUUUAUAAAAGGGAAAGCUUGACUAAUUUAAGAUCAUCAUCAAGUGAUUAAGAUCGACCUAAUCGAAAAUCGAAGUUCUAUCAACUUCAUUUAGUUAAUAAGAUAAGCAAUAAUGUUCCAAAACAUGAAGUUGAUUAGUAGCCAUCUAGUAAUAUUGAGCUUAAAUAGGAUGCAGAAUAAAGAAUAAGUUAUUUCAAAAAAUAAUGCAAAAAAGAUCAACUUAAUAACUUCCAGCAUCAGUAACAAAUAUUAAGUCUAGAAGAGUAAGAUGAUUCUCUCGAAAUUAAUGAGGAAAUAACAUUUAUCGCUGCAGACAUCUCUGAAAACAUCAAUGAAAUUUUCCAAAAUUCAAAAUAUAAUUUUGAAUGCCAUCCAAACAAUUUAAAGGUUAUUAACAAAAAUGUCGUUGGCAUUAAAAGUAGUCGUAAAAAUAAUUAAUAAUAAUAAUGA